AGUGAGCGACCACUCACCCAAACGAGUUGACUCUGUACUCCCCAGUUCAGCUCACCUCUUUUUCCCCUCACUCCUCCUGGUAUCCCCACUCUCCUCUUCCCCAAAAUUCAUUACAUUUCCCAGCAAUUUCUGGACCGGGUACCAGAGGAGUAACCGAAGAAGAUGGGUUCGCUUGGCAGGGCAAUCUACACCGUCGGAUUCUGGAUCCGGGAGACUGGUCAAGCCCUCGAUCGCCUGGGCUGCCGCCUCCAGGGAAACUACUACUUCCAUGAACAACUUUCUCGACACAGAACCCUUAUGAACUUGUUCGAUAAAGCUCCUACUGUUCAUAAAGAAGCAUUCGUAGCUCCUAGUGCUUCUUUAAUUGGCGAUGUUCAAGUUGGGCGCAGUUCCUCUAUCUGGUAUGGAUGUGUUCUACGAGGUGAUGUGAACAAUAUAAGUAUAGGGACAGGAACCAACAUCCAGGACAAUUCUCUUGUUCAUGUAGCCAAAUCCAAUCUUGCUGGAAAGGUUUUGCCAACAAUUAUUGGGAACAAUGUAACUGUUGGUCAUAGUGCUGUUCUGCACGGGUGCACUGUUGAAGAUGAGGCAUUUGUUGGUAUGGGUGCAAUAUUGCUUGAUGGGGUUGUUGUUGAGAAGAAUGCCAUGGUAGCUGCCGGUGCUCUUGUUAGACAGAACACUCGUAUCCCUUGUGGAGAGGUAUGGGGCGGAAAUCCAGCAAAGUUCCUAAGGAAGCUUACCGAAGAAGAAACAGCUUUUAUUUCUCAGUCAGCCCUCAAUUACACCAACUUAGCACAAGUUCACGCAGCUGAAAAUGCUAAGAGCUUUGAUGAGAUCGAAUUCGAGAAGGUACUCCGGAAGAAAUUUGCCCGCAAGGAUGAAGAAUAUGAUUCUAUGCUGGGUGUCGUCCGCGAAACACCCACAGAACUUAUCUUGCCUGAUAAUAUUCUACCAGAUAAGGCAGCAUCAAAGGCUUCUUAAGUUUGUUGAUUAUGAUCAUGCUAUCAUUGUUGUUAUAUCACAAAUUCGAAGGCAAAUUAACCAAGAACUUGCCUUUGCUUUCAUGUCUAAUAAUUUUAUGGCCAAACUCACUUGUCAAAGACUGACUCUUCCCCAUGUGCAGUUACUGCAUGACUUUUACUAUUUGCUUAACCACAAACAUGGUUUUGCCACAUUUCAAACAUGUUUUUUUGAGUGUUUAUUUCUUCAAAAUAAGAACAUGCAGAAGAAUUUUCUUAAAAGGAGUAGAUCGAUUUCUAUUUUGAGCUAAUUCACACUUAGAUUUGGAGUAGAUCGUACCAUACUGCAUUUCAUUGGUCCAUGUCAUUGUUUAUUUCAUCAUUUAUUUACAUGUAAUUACAGUUUUUUUUUGUAAUUACAUUUUUUUGUGAUUACAAAGUUACAACUGCUAUAUUUUAAUUGGUUAGUGUGGUAUGGUUGAGGUAUAGUUUAUUUAAUUUGAUGUAAGAUAAAAUGAAAAUAAAAUGAAAAUAAAAUGUUCGAAAUUUAAGUUGUGGUCUAAAUGAACCUAGUCAUGGACCCGGGCCGGGCUAUGUUUUUGGGAAGGAAGAACCGGAACCGGUCCGGUAGGCAGCGGUUCCGCACUGUGACGGUUCAUGUUAUUUUUUUUAAAUUUCUUUUGCUUUUCUAAUUAACCCCUGACCCCCCCCUCACCCCCACCCCAAACCCCCCCAAACACCCAGACCAACCCGAGAGAAACCAAAAAAAUUGAAAAAACCCAAAAAAAAAAAGAAAUAGGCUGGGCCAGUUUCGGGCCGGUUCCACUUUUAGGAGGCCCGAGCCCAUCCCGAUUAAUUCCGGGUUUGGGUGGCCUGGACCGGUACUAUAACCGGGUACCGCCGUACCGGGCCGAGCCCAAACAGUAUCGGUUUUAGGCUGGUUUUGGGCCGGGUGGCCCGACCCGAGUACAUGACUAAAUGAACCCCAAUUUGAUCUCAGACGAAUACAAUGAAAACAAAAGUUACUCGUAUGUUGAAAUUUAUUUAGACACAUGAUAAUUUUCUAAAACGAAAAUAACGUAGAGUUUUAGAAUGGACAAAAAUAGAAAGUGUGGACAUUUUGGGACUACUAGAGUAGGCAUGGACCGGUUUUG